CCCAGAUCUGAGCUGUCAGUAAUGGAUAUUCAUUGUUUUCUCAUCGUUUGUGUUUCAGUGCUGGCUGUGUAUUGUGCAAUGAGUUGCAUAGCCAUUGAAGCAACAAACACUAGCACAGAUCAAAUUUCUCUUCUUGCCUUAAAAGCUCAAAUCACCCAUGACCCUUACAAUUUCUUGGCAACUAACUGGUCUGCUGCUGCUUCUGUUUGCAGCUGGAUAGGGGUCUCUUGUGAUGCCAACAAUAGAGUCACAGUCUUGAAUCUUGCCUCAAUGGCUCUUGUAGGAACCAUUCCUUCACAGAUAGGAAAUUUGUCUUCCCUUGUUGAGAUAAGCUUCAGCAACAACAGUUUUCAUGGCCCUCUGCCUAUGGAGCUGGUUAAUUUACAGAGAUUGGAACUCAUCAAUUUCGAAGAAAACAACUUAGAAGGAGAGAUGCCAUCUUGGUUUGGCUCUUUGCCUAAACUUCAACACCUGUAUCUCUCUGAUAACGAUUUUACUGGCCCUAUCCCACCUUCCAUAUGCAACACCUCAACAUUGAGGACUCUAGAUUUUAUGAGCAAUGAUCUUCAUGGAUAUAUUCCACAAGAUAUUGGAAAUUUGGUUAACCUAGAGAGAUUCAUUCUCUAUGGUAACCCUCAAAUUUCAGGGCCGAUACCAUUGGCAAUGUUCAACAUUUCUUCCCUGGUAAACAUCAACUUUGCCAUGAAUAGGAUGUCUGGGAAGCUGCCAGACAAAAUGUGUCAAAAUCUUCCUCUUCUCAAAUUUCUGAUUCUUCAUCACAAUCAAUUUGUUGGCUCAAUUCCAACCAGUUUAUGGCAAUGUCAAGACCUUGUACGUAUUUCUCUAGAUUACAAUAGAUUUACAGGAGCUAUACCAGCAAGUAUCGGAAAUCUGACCCUGCUGAAGGAGCUCUACCUUGACAACAACGACUUGGAAGAUGCAAUUCCGGAAGGAGUAGGUUCUCUAAAGGCUUUGGAGAGAUUGAGAAUUCGUCCCAAUCGUCGCAUUACAGGAUCUAUUCCAAGAAGUCUAGCCAACUGUACAUCGCUCUUGGAAGUAGUCCUUGGUGGUAGCAGCUUGACUGGUCCAAUCCCACCUGAGCUUGGUGAUCUUCCAAAUCUUGUGAUUUUAAGUCUGUACAAUAACAGCUUGACUGGCCCCAUCCCAUCUACAAUCUUCAAUAUGUCAAAGUUAGAUGUCCUUGCACUAUUCAUGAACCAGCUCUCGGGCCAUCUUCCGUCUGAUAUAGGCCUCUUGCUGCCAAAUCUUAGGAAACUUUACCUAUGGGAUAAUCAACUCCAAGGUAUAAUCCCCAACUCUAUAUCCAACUCUUCUAGUCUUGACAUCCUGUCCUUCUCCGGAAAUUCAUUCUCUGGCCCUCCUCCCAACACACUAGGUCAUUUAAGAUAUCUUGAACGGAUUGAGCUAGCCUCUAACCAAUUGACAAGUUUCACAACAGAACUGAGCUUUCUCUCACCUUUGUCAAAUUGUAAGCAUCUGAAGAGAAUAGUUAUAUCUGAUAAUCCAUUGAAUGCCACCCUUCCAACUUCCAUUGGAAAUCUCACCUCUGUAGAAAUCUUUAAAGCAGAAUAUUGUCAGAUUAAGGGAAGCAUUCCCCAAGAAGUUGGUAACUUAAGCAACUUGACCAACUUAAGCCUCGGAGACAAUAGUUUGAUUGGAUCAAUUCCAACUGCAGUUGGAAAAAUGAGAAUGCUCCAAGUUCUGAAUCUUGCUGGCAAUAGAUUGCAGGGCUUCGUUCCAAAUGAAAUCUGUCAGUUAAGAAACUUGGGUGAGCUAUAUUUGAGUAACAACAACCUUCAUGGAUCAAUACCCUCCUGUAUAAAUGAUAUUAUUUCAUUGAAAGUCUUACACCUAAGUUCCAACAAUUUUACUUCCAGGAUUCCCUCAACCUUGUGGAGCCUCAGAGAUGUCUUGGAUGUGAAUUUGUCAAUGAAUUCACUCAGUGGGAGCCUAUCACUGGAUAUUGCCAAUUUAAAGGUUGUGACUCAAAUUGAUAUAUCAAAGAAUCAAUUAUCAGGUGAAAUCCCUAGCAGCAUUGGAAGCCUCGAAAACUUGAUAAAAUUUUCCAUUGCAGAUAACAAGAUAAAAGGCUCCAUUCCGGAAUCACUGGGAAACUUGUUCGGUUUGGAAUUUUUAGACUUAUCCAAUAAUAGCCUCAUGGGAGGGAUUCCCAAGUCUCUUGAGAAACUCUUGUACCUUAAAUAUAUCAAUGUGUCUUUCAAUAGUUUGGAAGGAGAAAUUCCUAUAGGGGGAUCUUUUGUAAACUUCUCUGCCAAAUCAUUCAUGGGGAACAGUGCACUUUGUGGUGCCACCCGGUUACAAGUAUCCCCAUGCAGAACUAGUACUCAUCUAGGAUCCAAGAACAAGAAAGUCAGGACAUAUAUAUUAUCAGCAAUUGUAGCAGCAAUAUUAGUACUAGUUCUGGUCUUUGUUUUGUUCAGGUAUCGAAAGAGGAAUGCAAAAUUUAUUGACACGGAAGAUGGAUUAACUCUAGCAACAUGGAGAAGAAUUUCAUAUCAAGAACUGGGACAUGCAACAAAUGGAUUCAAUGAAAGCAAUUUACUUGGUACAGGUGGCUUUGGAUCAGUAUUCCAAGGAAAACUUUCUGAUGGGUUGGACAUUGCAGUUAAAGUUUUCAAUAUGCAGGUAGAAAGGGCAUUACAAAGUUUUGAUGAUGAAUGUGAAAUAAUGAGCAAAAUCCGUCACUGAAAUCUUAUCAGAAUUAUCAGUAGUUGCUCUAACAUCGAAUUCAAAGCCUUGGUCCUUGAGUAUAUGCCUAAUGGGAGUUUGGAAAAAUGGUUGUAUUCUCACAAUUACUGUCUGGAUAUCCUACAGAGAUUAAACAUAAUGAUAGAUGUUGCAGCAGCGUUGGAAUAUCUCCAUCAUGGUUCUGCAACAACUAUUGUUCAUUGUGAUUUAAAGCCUAGCAAUGUCUUACUAGACAAAGAUCUUGUUGCACAUGUGAGUGACUUUGGCAUUGCCAAACUCUUAGAUGACAGGGAUUCUAUUAUACAAACCAACACCUUGGCCACCAUUGGAUACAUGGCACCAGAGUAUGGAUCAGAAGGAAUCGUUACUGCAGCAGGAGAUGUCUACAGCUUUGGUAUAUUGUUGAUGGAAACAUUUACAAGGAAGAAGCCCACAGAUGAAGUGUUUGAGGAAGGAAGGAGCCUGAAGUCCUGGGUAAAAGAGGCAUUGCCCGAUUCAGUAACUGAAAUAGCAGAUGCCAACUUGCUUGGAGAAGAAAAUUUCGCUGCUACAAGGGAUUGCAUAUUGUCUACACUGGAAGUUGCUGUGGAUUGCUGUGUGGAAAGGAGAAUUGACAUAACCGAUGUCCUAAGUAGACUUAAAAAGAUCAGAACUACGUUUGAAAAGAGUGUACCAAUGACCUCAUUGUGAAUAAAAAGUGUCAACAACAUUUUCUUUCUUUACUCAUUGGUUGAGGCAGCCAUUUUGGA